AGAAGAGUUCUAAUUAGUGAUGGGGAUGCGGGCGGGCCGGGUAGGGAUGGGGAGGUGGGGAGGGAGGGGAGACUGGGGGAGGCAGAGGAAAAAAAAGCUUUAAGGAGAGAAGGGGAACGGGCUGAGGGCUAUCAAGAGGGAAAUAUUGGGAAGGGAGCUGGGGGAGGCCGGGCAGGGCAGGGGACUGGGCUGGGGCGGGUGUUGGUGGGGAGGUGAGGCGGGGCUGCGGGAGGCUGGGAGGCUAGGGAACUGCAGUGUGACCGGCGGGAGGCGAAGAGGGGCGGGAGAAGCAAGAAGAGUAGCAGGGGCCCGAGGGUCCCGGGGGACGAGGCUGGCCGGGUUCCGUCCCGUAUUCGGGCAGCACCGUCCCGAGGCCAGAGCCCCAAGCCCCGGGCCCCAGGCUUCUCCGGCCCCAAGCCCCGAAUGGCCGCAGCCCCGGAGCUCGCCUUGGACGUGAUGAAGCAGAUCUGUCUCUGCGCCACCGCCUCCUUCUCGAGCCAGGACUGGGGAAGGAGUGAUGAGAAGCUGAUGCAGGCUGUGGAGAGUAACGACGCCACUCGAGUCUCUGCCCUGAUUGCCCGAAAAGGGCUGGUUCCUACCAAGUUGGAUCCGGAGGGCAAGUCCUCGUUUCAUUUGGCUGCUAUGCGAGGGGCAUCGGCCUGCCUGGAGGUGAUGCUGGCCCAUGGUGCCAAUGUCAUGAGCACCGAUGGCUCAGGUUAUAAUGCCCUCCAUCUAGCAGCAAAAUAUGGACACCCUCAGUGUUUGAAACAACUGCUGCAGGCAUCCUGUGUGGUAGACACUGUGGACAGCAGUGGUUGGACAGCACUCCAUCAUGCAGCGGCUGGUGGCUGCCUGGCCUGUUCUGAAUUGCUUUGUUCCUUCAAAGCCCAUAUGAACCCCAGGGAUCGGUCAGGUGCAACACCCCUUAUCCUGGCAGCACAAAUGUGUCACCCAGAGCUAUGCCGUCUCCUUCUGCAGCGUGGGGCUGCUGUGAAUGACCGAGACCAGCAGGGCAGGACAGCUCUGAUGUUAGCAUGUGAAGGGGCGAGCCCAGAGACAGUGGAAGUACUACUACAAGGAGGUGCCCGGCCUGGGCUCACCGAUGCCUUGGGCCAGGAUGCGGCACACUAUGGAGCUGCAGCAGGAGAUGCCCUGAUCCUGCACCUCCUACAAGAAGCCGCACAAAACCAGGUUCUGACUGGUGAAGAGGACUCGGCAGAAGUGUCUUCUCAGACAUCUCAGUCCAGUCGCGAAAGGGCAGGAGCCCCUAAGAAGAGGAAGGCCCCUCCUCCUCCUGCUAGCAUCCCUGUCCCGGAUGACAGGGAGGCUUAUGAAGAGAUUGUGCGGCUACGACAGGAGCGAGGUCAGCUUCUCCAGAAGAUCCGAGGCCUGGAACAGCGGAAAGAGAGGAAGAGGCAGGAGCACCAGGAAGCCGAAGACAGCUCUCUGCAGAGCCUGGAGAGACAGGUACAAGAGUUGCAGCAGCUGUUGGCUGAGAAACAGGAGGAAAAGGAGAGUCUGGGUCGUGAGGUGGAGAGUCUGCAGAGCCGCCUGUCCCUUCUGGAGAACGACAAGGAGAACACCAGCUAUGAUGUGGCCACACUGCAGGAUGAAGAGGGGGAACUGUUGGACUACCCAGGAGUCGAUGGGCUGCCAUCCAAGGGGCUGAGCCCUGCUGCUCAGGAAUUGCUGGCUUCCCUACAGGACCAGGUGGCAUCACUUACCAAACAAAACCAGGAAUUGAUGGAAAAGGUCCAGGUCCUAGAGAACUUCGAGAAGGACCAGAUGGACUUGGAGACGUCACCAGACUUCAUCCCAGUCCUUCUCUAUGAUACUCUGAAGGCUGAGCUUGACCAGGUCCGGAGACAGCAUGAAGAGGCCCUCAAGGCUCUGGAGCAUCGCAGGGUUGAAGAAGAGACCCUGGGAGCACAGGAGGGUAAGGAGAAGGAGGAUGAGAUCAAAGAGAAGAAGGACAAUGGAAAAGACAAAGAUGAAAUGGGAGUCAAAAACGACAGGGGAAAGGAGAGAGUGAAGGAAAAAGAAAUAUGUGAGACCGAAAUGAACGGGAAAGAGGAGGAAAAGGACAAGAUGGAAGUGAAGGAGAAAGCGACGACAGAAAGUGAAGCAGCAGGUGAGGAUGGGGACCGAGGGACCCCAGAGGAAAAGCCGGAAGAGUCUGAGGCUGCUGGCCCUGCGGCAGAGGAAAAGGUCACGGCCAACCCAGCUGAAGCAUCAGAGCAGCUGCAGGAAGAGCUGGAAUCCCGAAUCCGCGCCCUGGAGGAAACCCUGCGGCAACGGGAGAGGGAGGCAGCAGCCGAGCUGGAAGUGGCCAGGGGCAAGUGCAAGGCCGCCGAAGCGGAGGCUGGCCGGCUGCGAGAACGGGUGCGGGAGGCAGAAGGUUCUGCCAAUGGCAGUGGGGGAAGUAGCGGUGGUGGUGGCGGUGGCGGCGGCGGCAGCGGUGGUGGCGACUCAGCGCAGCUCAGGGCGGCCCUGGAACAGGCCCGAGAAGACCUACGAGACCGCGAUGAGCGGCUCCGGAAGCUAGAGGCCCGGGCGGAGGAGGCCGUGGCUCUGGAGGCCGAGAGGAAUCAAAUGCGAGCAGAGGCCGAGGCGGCACGAAAAGAGCAGCAGCGGCUGGAGGCAGAGGCCCGGGAGCUACGGGAGGCGCUGGAGCGAGGAGCUCGGGACCAGCGGGAGGCAGAGAUGCAGCUGGAGGGCCUGCGCGAGGAGCUGGACUCCACGUGUGUGCCUCGACGGCAACAUCUGGAGACCGUGGAGGAACUGGGCCGGGCGCGGGAUGCGGCCGAGAGCCGGGCGCACGAAUUGGAAAGCGUGUGCGAGGAGGCCCGGCGAGGCCUGGCCGAGCUGCGCGAGGCUUCCGAGGAGGCGGCCCGUGAGCUCCGCGCCCGGGCGCAGGAGCUGGAGCAGGAGCUCGUGGUAAAGGGCAAGGAGGCGGCACGGUUGCAGGCGGAGCUGGAGCGCGAGCGGGCGGGUAGCGUGGCGCGGUCAGAGCACGAGCGUGUGGCGGGGGCCCUGCGCGCCGAGGCAGAGCAGCUGGCUGCGCGUCUCGAUGAGCUGGGGCGGAGGCACGAGAAGACGAGCGCCGAGGUGUUCCAGGUGCAGCGAGAGGCGCUCUUCAUGAAGAGCGAGCGGCACGCGGCCGAAGCGCAGCUGGCCACCGCCGAGCAGCAGCUGCGCAGCCUCCGUGCCGAGGUAGAGCGCGCGCGCCAGGCUCAGGGCCGAGCGCAGGAGGUCAUGGACAAGGCCAAGGAGAAGGACAGGAAGAUCACAGAACUGUCCAAAGAAGUCUUUAACCUCAAGGAGGCCCUCAAGGGCCAGCCUAUUGCUCCCUCCCCAGAGGUGGCCACCCUCCAGGGCCAGGUGAAGACCCUACAACAGCAGCUGGAGGAUGCACAGAGAUGUCACAGCACAGUGGUGGCCUUGUAUCGGAGCCACCUACUUUAUGCCAUCCAGGUCAGUUUCCCCUUCCCAACUUGGAACUCAGGAGGAGGUGGGGCUGGGUCCACUGGGCCUGAGCUGGUAACAAGAGGAAGUGGGUUAAUGUCAGAGGUGUGGAGUUACGGGACCAGAAAGGUGGAGGACUCUGAGGGGAGAAACUGCCAGGCUGGACUGGCUUCACGGUCUGACUUGGGGAGAGACCAUUUGGAUUGCUUGGGGUAUCGGGGUUGUAAGAGAAGCCUCAGAGGAUCCCCAAAAGCCAGGUGGAACCUGUCAGCCCCGUAAUCAGAGGACGCUGCUAAGGUGAGUUCAUUCCCCAGAAGAAGCCCGUCAUGUCAGCCAAUAUGUUUUGAAAUGCCCUGCCUGGGUUGUGAGGGGAAAUGGGCAAGAGAAUGUGGAGGGCUCCGACAGCUCACCCUCACCAUUCCUUUAAGUUGGGGUUUGUGCCCCCUGACUCACCACGUGUGUGUGAGGAGGGGGACACCCUCCCCCCAUCCCAGUGCUAACAUCUUCUCCACCCCAGGGUCAGAUGGAUGAAGAUGUCCAGCGAAUCCUGUAUCAGAUCUUACAGAUGCAGCGGCUCCAGGCACAGGGCCGAUGAAAGGUCUUGGGCCCUCCUAGCCUCACCCUUCUCGACCCGUGCACAUUCUCCAGACUCUGGCACUGCCCAAGGUGCACCUUCUGGACCCUGGCAUCACUUCAGGGUGAAGCUUUCCAAAUACAGGCACACCCUUUGGACCCUGGCACUGCCCAAGUCACACCCAUUGAGCCGGGCACCACCCUAGUACAACUUCCAACCCCAGACACAGGCUCUGAACUUCGGGGCUCCCCUUUUUCCUUUAUAGCUCAUCCCACAAAUGCCCCCUUUCCCCAAGCUCUCUGAACACACAGAUGGGGGAAGAGAGGGAGGUUAGGGAUUGAGACAACAGCCUAGAACCUCCAGAGUUCUGAGAUCCUGUGAUGGUCUUCCAGCCCACACCCCAUUCCCAGACACACCAAUAAACUUAUUUAUAUUCACAGAA